UCAAUGAGCAAUUGUAUAGUAAAGGAGGAGGAAUAACAUGUCCAAACUCCAAUGAGUAUCUCUAAAACAACAAUUUCUAAACAAAAUAGAAGGAAGGUUUUGUAAGAAAAUCAAUCCUUUCAAUCCAUUUAUUUAAAAGUGGUGAGUAAAUUCUUACAAACCUUUCAUAACCUUUAAAUGGCUUAAUUUAACUCUUAAUAAAAGAGUUUUCCAUCAUAUCCAUUUAUACUUUAGUAUUCAUUCAAUGAAUUUUUGGUAUUAUCUCUAUUAAAUAAGUAGGUACAUUUUGGUGGACAUAAAAUGGAUUUUUAAUAUACUCCUGUAUUGAAUAAUUUCCAACAAUAACUACAAAUAUAAUAGUGUGUACCCAAAUUAAUCACUUAAUAAUGUCCAUCAAUUAAACUGAGUAUCUAAAAAAGAAAAGGAGUAUCAAGUUAAGAAUAAAAAGACACAAAAAACAUUCCUAAGAAUUAUUGUAAGGCUAUAAUCACAUUUGCUUCAAAAAAUCAAGCUCUUUGUCAUUAAAUAUUGGGAGACUAGCUUAAAGUAGUCAAGUUUUUAGAAAGAAUAAUAGUCUACAAGAAGAAGUUGAUGAAUAUUCGUAUAUUCAGUGCAUUACUAUCUUAAUCUGAGGAUCCUGAUGAGGAAGAAUUCAAUCAAACUUUUAGAAUUUUAAGGUACACAUAAUUCUAUUAACUUAUAGUCGUAUAUUCGUUAAGAAGUACGCAAUUAAUUAUAUAUUUAAUUCAAAGAUAGUUUAGCAUAAUUGGCAUCUUCGAUAUCGUUUAUAGAUAUAUAAAGGUAUAAAAAAUCCUAAGAAUUUUUCCCAUAUUAAGAAAUUAUGA